UAUUUGUCAGUGUUUUCUACAAUGGAUGCAAGGCCAGCAUUUCGUUGCGAGGAGAACGGAGAGCUCACUCUUCGAGCCUCACCAGCAGCACUUGCUGUGGAGAGGGAGCACUUGACCCGCAUAGGGUCAGGCACUCCUUUCAAGGUCCAGGAUCCCAUGGCAGUUUGGACAGAGGCCAAACAAAGAGUGGUGGCCGCAGGAGGAGACCCUUGGGACAACCAGCUGGUAGCGAGUGAGAGCGUUAUCCAGUUUGGCCAGUACCGAGGGAAAACCUUUAAGUGGCUUCUGGAGAAUGACCUGGGCUAUGCUGUCAUGGUCUUGGCAGGGCACCAGAAGGAGCGGGAGUCUGGCGACCUGAGCGACACUGCCCUUAUGAGCAAUAAGGACGUGCUCCUCAAGUAUGCCGGAUCCUUUCCCGAGGUUGCCGAGGCCAUUAGGCAGCGGAGGCAGCGGAGCACCCAGGCGGAUGACAGUCUGGUGGGCUUUGGUGCACACAAGAUGUGUACCUUCAGGCAGCUUUAUGAGUCUGCAGACAGGGAGAAAAAGAGUUACGUCCAGUGGCUGAGAGGUCAGACGACCAGGCCAGGAACUAAAAUGGACGCACUGAGGAAGUACAUCCAGAAGAGGGAUGUGGAGCAGGCUCUGCAUGGCUCUGCACCCUCAUCGUCUUCCAUUUCGGCUCCUGGCUCUCUUCACCACCCUGGAUCGUCCCGAGAGCAGGCUCCUAAAGCUCUUGAGCCCACUGAUGAUGAGCUGAUGGCAUGUGCCAUGGAGGUGGACAUACCAGCCCUUUAAAAAUGAUGCAGAAGAAGUUAAGCUCAUGAGGGAGAUGGGCUGCUGCCCAUGGCAGCAGGGCUGAUGAGGCGCUACAGUGAAGCUGGAGUCC